AUCAAACAAUACUGAUUAUUCGACUCCGGAGGAGGCUCAAGCUGAUGGAGCUGUAACUGAAAAUGUUGGUAGGUUUUUGAAUUACGUUCUCAACUUCUUGCUUGUUGCUUUUGUUUUAUUCUGGAUAAUUUGGGGUUAUAAUAAAUUUAAAUCGUUGAGAGAAAAAGUUGAAGCAACAAAAACUGAAACUUGUCCUUGGUGUUUAGCUACAAUUCCUUUAAAUGCUACUAAAUGUCAACUUUGUACUAGCAUUAUAAGUCAAAAAAUACCUCCUGAAUAUAAAAGAGACGCUAAUGCUGGUUCAAAUAGUAAUACUUUAAUUGAUUUACAAGAUUCCUAA